UUGUCUUCCUUUUGUUUCAUGACCAAUUGUUGCUUUUAAUUCAUUCUCCACCGUUCUUGCUUUCCAUGUCUCCCUUCAAUUUCUCUUUCAACAAAAGCCGAAGGGUAACCUUUGUCUUCUCUCCUCCAUUCAAAACCCAAAACGACAUCGUCCUCACCCCCCUUUCCCUCUCCCUCCAUCAUUUUCGUACAAAACAACAAAACCCAUCAUUCUAGUUUCAACCGCUAAAGCUCAUGUCCAGUUCUUAAUAUCAAACUCAAACCUUAAAUUCUGUGUCUUUCCGCCCCCCCCCUUUGCCGCCAUAUCUAACCCUUCUGCUCCUUGGUUUAUCUUUAUAUGGCCUGUACUAAUCUUUAACCAGACUAUUAAUAUUGUUAGAGGAAAAACAAUUCCCAGAUACGAUGUUGUAUUUGGUUCCAUUUUGGAUAGCGUUUUUAGUAGGUAUAUUAGUUGGCUGGGCUUGGAAGCCGAAGUGGGCAGAACUGUUAACACAGAAACUGAGUUCUGUUGUAUCCAAAUCGUUGGAAUUAUCAUUACCGUCAUCGUCUUCUAUGUCGCCUAUGUUCUGUCUGAAAAACUUCGGUUCUUCUUCAUGUUUGAACUCCUUGAAUUUGCAGCCAGAAGCUUGGGUUAUUGAUAAUGGAGAACAAGGGAAAACGCUCUCUGUUUCUCCUUCUGAAUAUGACAAUUCCAGCACAUCCAGAUCAGUUGUUAAUGAAGGGUGUUCAAGUGCUAUUACGGAGGAGGAUUUGAAGCAUUUAUGUCAGCUUGUUGAAAUGAGGGACGGUGGUCCUACAUGGAUGCAUAUGAUGGAUCGUUCUACUCCAAAUAUGAGCUACCAAGCAUGGCGGAGAGAUCCAAAGACCGGUCCGCCUCAGUACCGCAGCAGAACGGUGUUCGAGAAUGCAACUGCAAGGAUAGUGAGAGACUUCUUCUGGGACGAUGAGUUUAGACCAAAGUGGGAUCACAUGCUUGCAUAUUCAGCAACCAUAGAAGAGUGUUCUACAACAGGGACCAUGGUUGUUCGAUGGAUAAGAAAGUUUCCAUUCUUUUGCAGUGACAGAGAAUACAUAAUAGGUCGACGGAUAUGGGAAGUUGAUGGAUCUUACUACUGUGUGACAAAGGGAGUUACGUGCGCUUCUGUCCCCCGACGUAACAAACCAAGACGGGUGGACCUGUACUAUUCAAGUUGGUACAUCCGAGCAGUGGAAUCAAGAAGAGGUAAUGGCCAGCUGACUGCCUGUGAGGUGUUACUCUUCCAUCAUGAAGAUAUGGGCAUCCCAUGGGAAAUUGCUAAGCUCGGAGUACGUCAAGGAAUGUGGGGAACCGUGAAGAAAAUCAAGCCCGGGUUAUGUGCUUACCAAAAAGAAAGAGAGUCUCUAGCUUCGCUAUCUCAAUCUGCGUACAUGGCUCAAGUCAACACUAAAAUAAGCAUGGAGUACUUGAUAUCUUUGGAAAGCAAUGAAGUUUUAUCGAGGUCAGAUGUAGAUUCCACUUCCGAGAACCCUCUAGCUCAGAACAUUUCAAGGGCCCUAAUUUACGGUGGUCUAAUAGUUCUAGCUUGUAGCCUGGAUCAUGGUGCGUUGAGUAAGACAUUUAUCUUUGGUAUGGGUAGAAAGCUUACAGACGGGAAAUAGACCGAGUUAGAGUGCCGCAAGGCAUAGGCUUAUCUUUUUGAACGAAUAUCGGUUUCUCGAUAUUGUAGAGGCAGAGAUUGUAUAUCUAUGUUUUACUGAUAUGUACAUAUUAUGAACAUCACAUCAAUAAGGCAAUAGAGCUGUACUGCUUUAUAAA